GUACAUAUAACAGCACAGAUAUAAAGCGAAAAAGAAGAGCGAAGAGCGUUUUUUUCAGUUGAUGAGUGUCGGAGUCAUGGAGUCGGCGAGUUCGCGACCAACAGUGACUCAGCGCGAGCAGUGGGAAGUGGAGGGGAAGGUUUUCGAGAUGUAUCAACUCUUCAGUAGUGUUCCACACCAUGCCCAAACUAUAAUGUUGGAGCUUCGUCGUGAUAAGCACUUGGAGUUUCUUACCAAAGGUCUCCGACAACUUGGACCGAGCUUCUCUGUGUUGGACGCGAACCGACCAUGGCUCUGUUAUUGGAUCCUUCACUCAAUUGCUUUAUUGGGAGACUCCGUAGACUCUGAAUUGGAGAACAAUUCUAUUGACUUUCUCAGUCGUUGUCAGGACCGGGGUGGCGGAUAUGCUGGUGGGCCUGGACAGAUGCCUCAUCUUGCAACAACUUAUGCUGCUGUAAAUUCACUUAUUACUUUGGGUGGUCAGAGGGCCUUGUCAUCAAUUAAUAGAGAUAAUAUGCGCACAUUCUUGUUGCGGAUGAAACUGCCAUCAGGGGCCUUCAGAAUGCAUGAUGCAGGUGAAAUUGAUGUUCGGGCUUGUUACACUGCUAUUUCUGUUGCUAGUGUUUUGAAGAUUUUGGAUUAUGAGCUGGUACAGAAUGUGGGAGAUUAUAUCCUAAGCUGUCAGACAUAUGAAGGUGGUAUUUCCGGAGAGCCUGGUUCUGAAGCUCAUGGUGGGUACACCUUUUGUGGCUUGGCAACAAUGAUUUUGAUCAAUGAAUCUGACAGGUUGGACUUGCCCAGUCUAAUUAACUGGGUAGCAUUUCGUCAGGGAGUGGAAUGUGGAUUUCAGGGGAGAGCAAAUAAACUGGUUGAUGGGUGUUACUCCUUUUGGCAGGGGGGUGUAUUAGCAUUAAUACGAAGGCUACAUUCACUCAUUGAUCUACAACCGAGGCCAUCAGAAGUUGGUGAAGGAAACCAGACCUCGGGGAAUGUAAGAACUGCAGCAUCUUCCACUUUAUCUGAACAGGAAUGUGGUUUGGAUCUGACUUCGUCUGAUGAUGAUGAUGAUGAUGAUGAUGAUGACGACGACGAGACUUCCCAUUUUGGAGAUGGAGCUGACGCAGAACUUUCCAAUCUCGGUUACUGUUUUGUUAAAGGGCGUGCGGAAUUGGAGCCUCUUUUUCACAGCAUUGCACUUCAGCAAUAUAUACUCCUUUGUUCUCAGUUACAGGAAGGAGGGUUCAGGGACAAGCUUGGGAAGCAUAGAGACUAUUAUCACACUUGUUAUUGUCUCAGUGGUCUGUCAGUGUGUCAAUAUAGUUGGUCUAAGCAUGCUGAUUCUUCACCAUUGCCAAGAACCGUGUUUGGUCCAUAUUCCAACCUGUUGGAGCCCAUCCAUCCUCUCUUCAACAUUGUCUUAGAUAAGUACGACGAAGCGCAUGAUUUCUUCUUUGUGUCCUAAGCUAGUGAGCAUCAUCUCUCUCCCUCUGAAAAAGUUAACUGUACCUUGUGGUUCCAAAGUAAAAAGUGUGUAAUUAUAUGC